AAGCCCAGCUCAGCUGAAGGGCCCAGGGCCCGGGUGACAGCCCCUGCCCCCAGCCGCUCCGAAGGGCAUGAGCAGCAUCUUCAAUGGGCAUAGCCCGGGACCCAGGAGGCCCAAGGAGCUGGAGGUGACCCUGAGGCAGCAAGACCCCCGAGGAAGGGCGCGAGGCUCGCAGACGACUGUGUGGCACCCCAGGCUGGGCUCCUGUUAGGAGGGGGUGGCUGUGCCCAGGCUGUGGCACAGAGGCAGCUGCUCCAUGCAGAACUGAAGCUGGUCCUGCAGCAGAAGGGAGAGAGGAAGCGGGCGCCCGGGGCCCACGCGACUCCCAGCAGCGCCAUGGAGGCCCGGAGCCGGAGCGCCGAGGAGCUGAGGCGGGCGGAGUUGGUGGAGAUCAUCGUGGAGACGGAGGCGCAGACGGGGGUCAGCGGCAUCAACGUGGCGGGCGGCGGCAAGGAGGGCAUCUUCGUCCGCGACCUGCGCGAGGACUCGCCAGCCGCCAGGAGCCUCAGCCUGCAGGAAGGGGACCAGCUGCUGAGCGCCCGCGUGUUCUUCGAGAACUUCAAGUACGAGGACGCGCUACGCCUGCUGCAAUGCGCCGAGCCUUACAAGGUCUCCUUCUGCCUGAAGCGCACUGUGCCCACCGGGGACCUGGCGCUGCGGCCCGGGACCGUGGCCGGCUACGAGAUCAAGGGCCCGCGGGCCAAGGUGGCCAAGCUGAACAUCCAGAGUCUGUCCCCUGUGAAGAAGAAGAAGAUGGUGGUGCCCGGGGCCCUGGGGGCCCCUGCAGACCUGGCCCCCAUUGAUGUCGAAUUCUCCUUCCCCAAGUUCUCCCGUCUGCGUCGGGGCCUCAAAGCCGAGGCUGUCAAGGGUCCUGUCCCAGCCGCCCCCACCCGCCGGCGCCUCCAGCUGCCUCGGCUGCGCGUCCGAGAAGUGGCGGAGGAGGCCCAGGCAGCCCGGCUGGCCGCUGCCGCUCCUCCCCCCAGGAAAGCCAAAGAGGAGGCCGAGGUGGCAGCGGGAGCCCGUUUCACGGCCCCCCAGGUGGAGCUGGUUGGGCCCCGGCUGCCCAGCGCUGAAGUGGGUGUCCCCCAGGUCUCAGCCCCCAAGGGGCCGCGGGACGUGGCCCCCGCAGCGGAGGCAGUCAGCGGCUUUGCCCUCCACCUGCCGACCCUUGGGCUGGGAGCCCCAGCUCCGCCUCCUGUGGAGCCCGUGGCCGUUGGGAUCCAGGUCCCCCAAGUGGAGCUGCCUCCCUUGCCCUCGCUACCCACUCUGCCCACGCUUCCAUGUCUGGAGACCCGGGAAGGGGCCGUGGCGGUGGUGGUGCCCACUCUGGAAGUGGCAGCACCUUCAGUGGGGGUGGACCUGGCCUUGCCGGGUGCAGAGGUGGCGGCUCCAGCAGAGGCACCUGAGGUGGCCCUGAAGAUGCCCCGUCUCAGUUUCCCCCGCUUUGGGGCUCGAGCAAAGGAAGUUCCUGAGGCCAAGGUGGCCAAGGGCAUCCCCGAGGCCAAGGUGAAGGGGCCCAGGCUUCGGAUGCCCACCUUCGGGCUUUCUCUCCUGGAGCCCCGACCCGCUGCCCCUGAAGCCGUUGUCGAGAGCAAGCUGAAGCUGCCCACCAUCAAGAUGCCCUCCCUUGGCAUUGGGGUCUCGCCGCCUGACGUCAAGGUACCCAAGGCGCCUGAGGUGAAGCUCCCCAAAGUGCCCGAGGCGGCCCUUCCAGAAGUGCGACUCCCAGAGGUGGAGCUCCCAAAAGUGUCGGAGAUGAAACUCCCAAAGGUGCCAGAGAUGGCGGUGCCAGAGGUUCGACUCCCAGAAGUGCAGCUGCCGAAGGUGCCUGAGAUGAAGCUCCCUAAGGUGCCUGAGAUGGCCGUGCCAGAGGUUCGACUCCCAGAGGUGCAGCUGCCAAAGGUCCCCGAGAUGAAGCUCCCAAAGGUGCCCGAGAUGGCUGUGCCAGAGGUUCGACUCCCAGAGGUGCAGCUGCCAAAAGUCCCUGAGAUGAAGCUCCCAAAGGUGCCCGAGAUGAAGCUCCCGAAGGUGCCCGAGAUGGCUGUGCCGGAGGUUCAGCUCCCGGAGGUACAGCUGCCGAAAGUCCCCGAGAUGAAGCUCCCGAAGGUGCCAGAGAUGGCCGUGCCAGAGGUUCGACUCCCGGAGGUACAGCUGCCAAAAGUCUCAGAGAUGAAGCUCCCGAAGAUGCCCGAGAUGGCCGUGCCGGAUGUGCAACUCCCAGAGGUGCAGCUGCCAAAAGUCCCAGAGAUGAAAGUCCCCGAGAUGAAGCUCCCGGAGUUAAAACUCCCCAAGGUGCCCGAGAUGGCCGUGCCGGACGUGCGCCUCCCGGAGGUGCAGCUGCCAAAGGUGUCGGAGAUGCGGCUGCCAGAAGUGCGGGCGCCAAAGAUCCCAGAGGUGCAUCUUCCGAAGCCCCCCGAGGUGAAGCUGCCCAAGGCUCCAGAGGGGCAGCUCAAAGCGUCUGGGGCGGAGCAGGCAGAGGGUAUGGAAUUUGGCUUCAAGAUGCCCAAGGUGACCAUGCCCAAGCUAGGGAGGGCGGGGUCCCCAUCACGAGGCAAGCCAGGCGAGGCAGGGGCUGAGGGCUCGGGGAAGCUGGUGACACUCCCCUGUCUGCAGCCAGAGGUGGGCAGCGAGGCUCGUGUGGGGGUCCCCUCUCUCACACUGCCCUCAGUGGAGCUGGACCUGCCACGGGCUCUCAGCCUGGAGGGGCAGGUCCCAGCAGCAGAAGCGGGCAAGGCAGAGCGGGCAGAGGGCCCCGGGGUGGCAGCAGGGGUCGGGGAAGGGGCCUUCCGAAUGCCGUCUGUUGAGAUCGUCACUCCACAGCUGCCCACCGUGGAGGCUGGGGAAGGGCGGCCGGAGGUGACAGAGAUGAAAGGCAAGCCAGCCUCCAAGUUCUCCCUGCCCAAGUUUGGACUCUCGGGGCCAAAGGUGGCAAAGGCAGAGGCUGAGGGGGCCGGGCGGGCCACCAAGAUGAAGGUGUCCAAGUUUGCCCUCUCCCUCCCCAAGGCUCGGGCCGGGACUGAGGCUGAGGCCAAAGGGGCAGGCGAGGCGGGCCUGCUGCCUGCCCUCGAUCUGUCCAUCCCGCAGGUCAGCCUGGAUGCCCAUCUGCCCUCGGGCAAGGUGGAGGUGGCCGGGGCUGACGUGAAGCUCAAGGGGCCCAGGUUCGCCCUGCCCAAGUUUGGGGUCAGAGGCCGGGACACGGAGGCGGGAGAAUUAGUGCCGGGGGCGGCCGAGCUGGAGGGCAAGGGCUGGGGUUGGGAUGGGAGGGUGAAGAUGCCCAAGCUGAAGAUGCCCUCCUUUGGACUGACUCGAGGAAAGGAAGCAGAAAUCCAGGGUGAGCGUGUCAGCCCUGGAGAAAAGUCAGAGUCCACGGCGGGGCAGCUGAAGAUCCCCGAGGUGGAGCUAGUCACGCUGGGGGCCCAGGAGGAAGGGGGCGCCGAGGGGGCAGUGGCUGUCAGUGGAGUACGGCUUUCAGGCCUGCAAGCAUCCACGACCAGGCAAGUGGGCACUGAGGGCCAGGACGGGGGGCUGAGGAUGCCCCUGGGCAUCUCCCUGCCCCAGGUGGAGCUGGCCAGCUUUGGGGAGGCCACCCCGGGGCAGCAGGCCGAGAGUGCAGCCCCUCCAGCAGAGGGCACGGCAGGCUACAGGGUCCACGUGCCUCAGGUGACCUUGUCUCUGCCUGGAACCCAGGCGGCGGGCGGUGAGCUCUUGGUGGGUGAGGGCGUCUUCAAGAUGCCUGCAGUGACAGUGCCCCAACUUGAGUUGGACGUGGGGCUGAGCCGAGAGGCGCAGGUGGGUGAGGCAGCCACAGGCGAAGGUGGGCCGAGGCUGAAGAUGCCCACGCUGGGGGCCAGAGCUGGGGCUGGGGGAGAGCGGCCUGGGGACCAGUCCCCGGGGGCUGAGCGCACCUUCCAUCUCUCACUGCCCGACGUGGAGCUCUCGCCACCCGCCGUGGGCAGCCAUGCCGAGUACCAGGUGGCAGAGGGUGAGGGGGAUGCUGGACACAAGCUCAAGGUGCGGCUGCCCCGGUUUGGCCUGGCGCGGGCCAAGGACGGGGUUGAGGAGGGCGAGAAGGCCAAGAGCCCCAAACUCAGGCUGCCCCGCGUGGGCUUCAGCCAGAGCGAGGCGGUCCCCGGGGAGGGCUCCCCCAGCCCAGAGGAGGAGGAAGAGGAGGGCAGCGGGGAAGGGGCCUCCGGGUGCCGAGGCCGUGUCCGAGUCCGCUUGCCCCGUGUGGGCCUGGCUAGCCCUUCCAAGGCCUCUCGGGGGCAGGAGGGUGAGGCAGCCCCCAAGUCCCCUGGCGGGGAGAAGUCCCCCAAGUUCCGCUUCCCCCGGGUGUCCCUAAGCCCCAAGGCCCCGGGCAGGAGUGGGGACCAGGAAGAGAGUGGAUUCCGGGUUCGGCUGCCCAGCGUGGGGUUUUCGGAGACAGGGGCUCCAGGCCCCACCAGGAUGGAGGGGGCUCAGGCUGCCGUCGUCUGAAGCCCCGGGCAGAGGGAGACCACUCCCGUCUUCCCAUCAGCCUCCCCCUUGUUUGUGUGUGAGAUAACUAGCACUAACCCCAGAGGGCUGGGAGGGGGGGCGACUGACGGGGCAGGGCCGGGGAGGCCCCGUGCCCAGCUCAUUGGCAGGA